AUGUUGAUCAGAUUUCUCACGACCGGACACGCUGUCAGCGACGACUGGUGGUAUCCUACCAUGUGGUUAAUGCGGGACGACCUUGUCCGCUGCUUCAUGGACCUCAUGCUCAAGUUCGAGUUCAUCUAUCCCUACGUCAUGCUCUGCCGGCUCGUGGAGGUGCUGCAUUAUGUCAAGUGGCUCGCAUGGUCCAUCACCCGCCACCAUCUCCGCCACCUGCACCUUCUCAAUGCCCGCUUCCGCGGCACCUCUUCCAAGUCUUCGGGUGGCCAGACCAAGAGUCCCACCUCUUCCACCUCCGGCGCGCCCUCGCCUGUUCCGACCAGCCACUCGCAAGGCAGCCAGUCAUCGAUCAACCUUUCGGCAAAGCUACCUCCCCUCCCAAACUCCCCCUCGCUUGCUCAGACCAUCGGCAUGGACGAGUCGAGCGGCGCAAUGUCCAGCGGCGCCGACAUUCUCGCCUCCUACCACCUGCCCUCUCCCCUGCCCAUGUGGCUCAAUCCCAAUUACGCCAAGCACAUUGUGAAGGGUAACUUCAUGACCUUGAGCGCGCGCCCCAAGACGGUUGAGCAGGGCGAAUGGAUAGCGCACCACGUUGUUGAACAUUAUCGAAAUCUCUGGAAUUUUGUCCGCGUGCUUCACGAGAAGGAGGAUGACGGAACCUCCAUCUGCAAUGCCAGCACUUGCCCACGAAUGUCUGCUGGAGCUAAUCAUUCUUUCACGUGGCUGAAUUCUCGCCGCGAGCCCGUUGAGCUUCCUGCUAUGGAGUACAUGACCCUGAUGCAACGGUGGAUCUCUGGCAAGAUCGAUGACACAAAGAUCUUCCCCACAGAGGCGUCUGGUGUCUCCUUUGCACACAACCCCAGCAUCACCACGACUCCCCUAUCGCAGCUGACGAGCCAGACCGAGCGAGAGUGGGUUGGCAAGCGCAGCGGUUUCCCCGAGAACUUUGUCGACGUCUGCCAGACCAUCUUCCGCCAGAUGUUUCGUGUCUAUGCCCAUCUGUACUGGGCCCACUUUGUCGAGCCUUUCUACCACCUCAACCUCGAGAAGCAGCUCAACAGUUGCUUCAGUCAUUUCGUUCUCACGGCGACGGCUCUCGACAUGCUGAAGCCGCACGAGCUGGAGCCUCUGCAACCCCUGAUCGACCUGUGGGCCGCCAAUGGCACCUUUCCUCAAGGCUCCAAGGCCUAUGAGUAUGCCAACCUGCGAGCUGGCGAGUUGCUUCUCCAGCUAGGUGGAGCUUCUUAG